CGGACGCUCUGUCUGGUAGCGCACUAAUCGACCUUUGGUUUCUGAGACGAACUUUCGACAAACUGUUCCUUCAGUUUAUUAAAACCUUAUUAGGGUUGUUCUCUGGAGUUUAUUUCAUAUUAUUAAAGUUUGUUUGUUUCUUUGAUCAUAGAUUAAAUUUAUUUAUUAUUUAAAAAAUAUUUUUUAUAAAGUUUAAAAUGUUCGAAUCUGCGGAUCUUUCUCUCUCUGAUUCUCUCGUCCUUCAGUCCGCAGACUCUCUCCUCCUCUGGACACGCGCUCAGGUGACUUUUACACCUUUAAAUGACGUUUUUCUGAUCAACUGUUAUUAUCGAUCCGCCAGAUUAUCAUCGGAAGGAUUUAAUUUAAACACAUUUACAGAAAAGGCGCGAAAAUGAGGUCGGAGGGACAAAUGAUGUUAGCCGUUAGCUUAGCUCACAAUGCUAACUGAUGAAGGAAUCCGAAGACUGAAGGGUUAAAGUUAGGUCUUUAAACGAGUCUUUUAGUCUUUUUAAUUCCGUUUUUAGUCUUUAACUGAGCCUCUUUUUUCCGUUUUUAGUCUGUUUGUUGAUGAUUGAGUCAGUCUGAGAUCCUCAGAGUCACUAAAACAGAAUAAAGAGUUAAUUUCUGUUUUUUCAUGUUCGUUAAAUAAACUUUAAACUCUUUUAUCUUCACUGAUAUUAAAGUUGUUUUUGUGUUUUUAACCCUCUCACAGACGCUGACCUUCACUCAUGGCUCUCCAGGUGUCCGAGUCCGACCAGAUCAAACAGGUACCAGGUCUUCAUCUGAGUGUUCUGAUCCGAUCACUGAAGUCUGAGCCGGUUCUGAAGGUUCUGACCGUCUCUCUCUCUCUGUCUCUCAGUUUAAGGAGUUUUUGGGGACCUACAACAAGGUGACGGAGAACUGCUUCAUGGACUGUGUCAAAGACUUCACCACCAGGGAGGUGAAGGCCGAGGAGGUGAGGAUCAAUAAUCAAUAAUCAGUGAUCAUUAAGAAGAGGAGGUGAGGAUCAUUAAUCAAUUAUCAAUGAUCAGUGAUCAUGAAGGCUGAGGAAGUGACGACCGUUAAUCAAUAAUCAAUAAUCAGUUUGAGAUGAAGCAGGUUCAGGGGUCGGGGGUUCGGGUCUACGAGGCGUGUAAAGACGGUCUGAGGAGAACCAGAACCUCUGGACCUCCUGAGUCAGCGGAUUAUUAAAGAGAGGCAGCGAUGGCGGCGGCGAGGAAACGAGCGAAUCAUCAUCAGAGAGUUAGAGACGGUCACGGCGGUCGGGUCCGAAGUUCUAGUGAAACAGAACUUUGGACCGGACCGUCUGACACACGAACUUUAAUCCUCGCCGUGCUGUGAUUGGCUGUCGGGAGGAGGGGAGGAGUGAUGAUGCUGAGAAAAGGUUUCGCUUAAUGACCUGAUGAUGUCAUAUGAUGUCACAACUUCUCUUGGCUGUCUGACCAAUCCCCCGCCAGCAUCAGACCAGUGAACAUGGUAGGGGAAAGUCCCGCCUCCUUCGCCUCUGAUUGGCUGUGAAACGUCGUCACACACUCAAGCCGAGAGCGGGCCGUCGGCUCUGAACGUCGAACAGAACUUUAUCGUAAUUCUGAACCCGAACCCGACAGACGAUGACGUCACCGCCAUGAGGAAUAACCAAUCAGAGCCCAGCACUUCUAGCCAAUCAGAGGCGAAGGAGGGCGGGACCUUCCCCUACCACGACAGGUCUGUAAACACGCCACUGCUGAUGGUUAAACCUCAGACACGCCCACCAUGAUUUAAACUAACAUGGCUGCUCUGUUUAGAGGUGAAAGGCAUCCUGGGAGUUGUAGUUAAAGUCUCUCAGUCAAGUUUCCUGAAGAGUUCGACCACGACAGAGAAAUGACUCCUCUGUGUGUGUGCGUGUGUGUGUGUGUGUGUGUGUGUGUCUGUGUGUGUGUCUGUGUGUGUGUGUGUGUCCCCGCCCCCUGGCCCCGCCCCCCAGUCCAGCUGCUCGGAGUCCUGCCUACAGAAGUACCUGAAGAUGACUCAGCGGAUCUCCAUGCGGUUCCAGGAGUACCACAUCCAGCAGAACGAGGCUCUGGCUGCUAAAGCGGGUCUUCUGGGUCAGCCCCGCUGAGCCGCUCUGAACCGGUCUGAUCUGGUCCGAAACCACGAACCCCAGCAGGCCGAUGGGAGCAGGACCGGUCCUGGUCUCAGUCCUAGACCUGGUCCUGGUCCUGCAGGUCUGGGGUGAACAGACUGUUCUGGUUCUGUUUCACCUGUUAGAAGGUGAGCUGAAGCUCCGCCUCUAAAGACGCUGAAGCUCCGCCUCUUAAGAUGCUGAAUCCUGGAGAGACUCUCACCUUUAAGCAGGACCGGUCUCAAAGCAUCAUGGGAAAUGGAGUUUCUCACAGGAGUUUAAAUGAACAGACUGAUCAAUGAACUUGAUUUUGUGUUUUUUUUGUUUUAAAGUUUGAAAUAAACUCUGAACCUGUAAAAA